AUGGGCCAAGAAGGAGGCAGUGCAAUGAUUUGGUUGACUCUACUGUUAUGUUUUCAGAGCAGCUUUGCAGCCACUUUCAUGGUGGGUGAUGCUUCUGAAUUUAAGUAUAAUCGACCGAACCACGAUGUUGCAGUGGUAGACAAGGAAGGUUUUGAAGCAUGCUACGUGGCAGACGAUGCUCAAGUAUUUGAGACGGGAGAUGACCUUAUCACCCUUCAACAAGGACAUAACUAUUUUGUUUGUGGCUUUCCCGGUCACUGUAGUAAUGGAAUGAAAAUAGCCGUCACCGCUACAUAA